CGUGAUGCGUGUGAUUAUGUUGUGGAUGUCCGUCUACAUGGCAGUGUCGUUGGUCAGCUUAGCGGAGACCUCUACUGCACUGGGUGGAUCGUCGACGCACCACAGUGUUGCAGAAAAUCUUGUACGAAUGGCUACAAGUUUGACAAGCUUCGCCACUAGCGAAAUCGACUCCAGAAGAGCUUCUGAGCAUACACAGAUGGCAUCAGACCUCGGCCAACACGCAAGAACAAUGCGAUUAAGCGAAUACAGCCCGUAUUCGAGCAACCCCUACGACCUCGGGCCCAUCAAUCAAUGCAGCUACCCUCAACUGCAUGCGUGCAAUUUCGAGAGCGGUUAUACUGUUCCUGAGUACGCAGCUCGAGUUUUUCGACCAGCCAACAGUAUACUCAACGACCUGCAUGAAAAGAUUUCUUCAGGUCUGUCGUCCAGAUGCACCAAGUCUUGGAUGAACUUCAUGUGCAAAGCCUUGGUUGGUCCACGAUGCAUUUCAAACACAACAGUUCGUUACCAAACCAACAACUAUGACAUUUGUCGCCAAGUAUUUUCAUCAUGUCCAUUACGCUCAACCACUAGCAGCAUUUUCUGUCAAACUCUCUCGUCAAUAAUUACUAUACACCCUGCAGGAACAUUUUCUCUAACCAGCUGCCGAGUUUUAAACAUCGACGGGUGCGCGAAUACUCUCCCGUCACCGGACUGGCUUGCUGCCCUAUUAGAACACCAAACACAGUCAAGUUCUUUUGACGACAGAGCAAGAGCACUAUCCCUCUCGGGCAGUUGCAAGAUCAAUUACAUCAAACUAUCUUGCACGCAGCCUACAUGCGGAUCUAAUGGACGUCUACAAGGUUACGAUAGCUCAAGUCAAUGCCACAACAUCGCAAACUGCGUCAGAGUCGGCGACUCACAAAAACUUCGUUCUAAGUGUGACGAUUUGGAGAGGCGAAAGCAUUCGAGCGUUUGUGCUGGAGAAACCGAAUCGUGCACGUCGGGAGCUACUAGCACUACUUAUUACGUUGGAAUUUCUAUUGCAUGGUCGAUGUUGGCUCUCAUCAAGAACUGCUUGUAAGUCCAACAAAGAGAUAUUCAACUAGUGUGGCUGAGUGCGGCUGGCUAUGAAACUCUUUCUUGCUGCGUAUUGGAAACGCGAGGAAUGCGUGUAGACUCAACUAGUGCUUAAUCUUUUGCUGCCUUCUGUUGUUUGUCUAGCCAAUGUUUGUUACUAGUUGUUGGCGUUGUAAUUGCUUCAGUUAUUACGAAUAGAUGUUAGCAGACAAAACUUCUUGCCAAUUUUGCUUCGCUGGUAAUGAUCUUAGCUACAUAAAAGUCUUAGAAUAUAAUU